AUGACGACAUCAACUAAAACACAACAACUCUAUGGUGAAUAUAUAAAUCCAACGAAUGAUCAAUAUUUACCACAAAAAGAAAAUCCAUUAGUAUUAAUGGCACAAGCAUGUAAUAAUAUUGGUAAAGAAUUAUUAAUAACAUUAAAACAAUCACCAUCUCCUCCACCACUUUUAUCUAAAACUCGAAAAUCUAAUUCACCACAAGAAAUAAAAAAAUCUUUAAAAAGAAUGGCAUCAACAACAUGUUUAUCACCAUCACCAGCUAAAAAAAUUUUCUUUCCUCAAUUAUCUUAUUAUCCAUCAUCAUCAUCAUCCUCAUCGUCAUUUAUAUUUGAUUCACUUUUUUAUUAUCAUUUAAAUAAAAUAUUUUCAUCAUCAACAUUUGAUUUAUCAUUAUUAUCAACAUCAUCAUUAAAUUAUUAUUCAGCUUUUUCUUCAAUACCUCAACGAUCUUCUUAUUUAAUGGAUUCUAUAUUAUCAUCAUCAUCAUCACCAUUUAUUUGUAAUUGGAUAGAUUCAUCUAUUCCCAAUAGACUUUGUGGAAAACGUUUUACAAAUAAUAUUCAUUUACUUGAACAUCUUUGUACAGAACAUACAUCAAUAUCAUCUAUUAAAUCUUUAUAUCCAUCAUAUUAUUCAUCAACAUCAGUAGAAAAACUAUAA